AUGGCUUCCUCCACCAGGGGUCGAAGGAACCGUGAGAUCAAACUGCCCAAGGCCGCUGUGCCUCAGGUCAACCAGAAAAAAGAUAAGCUUAAAGGUAAGGAGCUUUCGGUUGAAGAACCUCGAGUUCCACCUCCACCAUCUCCCUCCCCCCGCAGAACAGGCAUCAAGUCGGCAGAAUCCACUUCGGAAGGACCAAACCACACUACGACCAAGGAUCCAUCUUCAGACAAGGGCAUGGCUUCCACAGCCAGGGGUCGAAGGAACCGUAGACGCAAAUCGCGCAAGGCCAAUGACCAUCAAGAAGGACCUAUUCACACCAAGGAGGAGGAAUAUUCUUCUUCCGACGAAUAUUUGGUUUAUCGACCGAUUCCAAAGGGGUGUCUUCAUUUAGAUGUAUUGAGACCAAGUGUAUUCCACCUACUUUAUGAUGGUAUCAUUGCGGAUGCGAAGAAAGCCAAUAGUGACACCAUCGACCAGGAAGCUGAGGCAAAUGUGGAGAAAUCCAACAGUGGAACCAUCGAACAGGAAGCUUUGGUUAAGCGGCAAUUUUUUCGGAAUCCAAUACCGUCGGAUGACUCGUCAGAUACAGGCUCAGAUGGAGAAGAGCCUUCUAAUCCGAAUAUGUACUGUUAUAUCUGAAGAUCUUUAGCUUGUGAUAUUCAUGGAUGCUGCAUGUUCUUUGAGAAAAGCUACUUCUAUCUUUUUCUUUUGGCCAUAUUUCCAUCCUAGAUGUAGCUUGUGAUAUAUCCAUGAAAGGCUAGUGCAUUGAGAAAAUUGAUAUUUGUCUAAAUUUAUUACCAAGUGGAUGUUUAAAUCAUACAUCUCACAUUUGAACCUAAUGUAAUAGUA